UCACGAUCACUCACACGCACACGCCACCGGGGCGGCUCUGGCUGCCCGCCGCCUCCCUGCGCCGCGCUCCGCCAGCCGGGUCACCUUCCCGGCCGCUGGCACGGGAAGGGCGCCCUAGCCACUCUCUUUCCACACACACGCAUCCCCCCCCGCCCCGCCGCCAUCCGUCGCUUUGGGCCGUCCCCGCCCCGGGUGAGCGGGUGCCCCGGGCCAUGAGCUGCGCCGGGGGGAGCGUCGUCCUCCCUCCCGCGGAGCCUCAGCGAAACCCCGGCGCCCCGCUGGAGCUGCCCGCCGGAGCGGGGGAGGCGACCGGGGACACCCCAGAGGAGGGAGAGAGCGGCGGCCCCAGCACCGGCGAGGGCCGGAGGGGCGGCUCGGAGGCGGGGGCCGCCGGCGGCGACAAGCCCGAGACCCGCUCGGUGUGCAGCAGUGAGAGCGGCAGCGGCAGCCACCCCGGCGGGGCCGGCCCCAUCUGCAAGAUCUGCUUCCAGGGACCCGAGCAGGGUGAACUGUUAAAUCCUUGCCGCUGUGAUGGGUCAGUACGAUAUACACAUCAGCUUUGCCUGUUAAAGUGGAUAAGUGAAAGAGGAUCAUGGACCUGUGAACUGUGCUGUUACAGAUACCAUGUUAUAGCAAUUAAAAUGAAAAAGCCUUGCCAGUGGCAAAGCAUUACUAUUACACUGGUUGAGAAAGUGCAGAUGGUUGCUGUAAUCCUAGGAUCUCUGUUCUUAGUAGCAAGUGUGACUUGGCUCCUAUGGUCAGCCUUCAGCCCUUAUGCAGUAUGGCAAAGAAAGGACAUCCUUUUUCAAAUCUGCUAUGGAAUGUAUGGUUUUAUGGAUCUAGUAUGCAUAGGACUGAUAGUACAUGAAGGUGCAUCUGUUUAUCGAGUGUUUAAGCGCUGGAGGGCUGUGAAUCUACACUGGGAUGUGUUAAAUUAUGAUAAAGCCACAGACAUAGAAGAGAGCAAUCGAGGAGAAUCCUCAUCAGGAAGGACAUUGUGGUUACCACUGACUGCAUUUAGAAACAGAAGUUUAGUUCACCCAACACAGUUAACCUCACCAAGAUUUCAGUGUGGCUAUGUAUUGUUACAUCUGUUCAACCGCAUGAGACCUCAGGAAGAUUCAUCAGGGGAUAACGGCUCUGGGGAAGUAGUGAUGAGAGUGACCUCAGUGUAAAGAUUAUACUCACUGUGCUACACAGAUAAGGAUAAUGUGCCCUGAUGUUGCACAACUUUGGAAUGUAGUUACAAUGAAUGGUGAAACCAUUAACACUUGAAAAAUAUAUACACAUUUUUUAAAAAUUUAAUGCUUUUUAUAUAUAUGAUCAGCUAAAACACAAAUACAUUUUUCUGGGGGAAAAAAAAAAAAGUCUCUUGCUUUUUAUAUAGUCUGGUUUAUUAGAUCUUUUGUCAAUUUGUACCUGAGGUGUAUACAAUGUAGUUUAACUCUUAGGUCUUUGAAUGAUGAGGUAAGUCAUUUUUAAGCAAAAAAAGAAAUAUUUGAAUGUAUUUUCUUAAACUCUGGCUUUAACCCACUACUGUUAUUUUUCCCACUUUAAUGAGGAUUAAACUGAACCAUCUUCUUCCAAAAAAAAAAAAGAUUAUUGACACAAGUCAAGUAGUCCUCUUUUUCUGGGUUGUUUUUUUUUGUUGUUGUUGUUCUUAGCUCAGUUCAGCUGUAUGAAAGUAAGUAAGGGAUAUAUUGUCCCCUGCCUUUAAGUAGGAAGUCCAAUAUGUGUUCAGCAAAACAUAAGGGAAGAUGUGAGCUCUGCUUUUAGAUCUCCCACAUGGACGUGCAAGAUGUCAGACACAGUAUGACACAGACAGGGGAAGAGUCUGGCACUUCCUCUUGAGUCUCUAAGAUCUGCAGAGUGCUGGUGCUUGGGCCCGUGCACAGAAAUGACAUUACCUUUAAAGCAGUGGUGCUCAGUUCAGCAGCCUGUGAAUUCUAGUAUCAUUCUAACUAUAGGACAUUGACAUCUCAUAUUUUUUCUCUCUCGCCUUUUUUUUUUUUUAAAUGUACAUCACAGUUUCUGGGAUAAUAAGAAAUCCUAAUGGAAACCGAAGUAGAAAUAAUGCAGAGCCUUAAUUUUGCCAGGUAAUGAAUCAUCAUUAAAAAUGAGACGAUAUUCAUCUGUAUCAUGAUAGCUAACCAAUGCUG